UGGCCCUCUUUGCUACGCAACGAGCCCCCUUUCUUCAUCCAUUUCUUACCUUUUUUCAUCUUCCGCAACGACAGCGUUCUACAUCCCGCUCUUCAAAGCAAUGGCGGGGGGUCAAGGACCAGCUUAUGAGGGUAUUGAGGUUAUGCCUGAGAGCCGUGGUAUCGAGUCUGGGGGUGCAUUGCAACCAAACACGGGACAGCAUGGUUAUUACGUCAAUCAUAAUGAUGUACCAUCACACAUAUCUCCCAAUGGAAGGACUGCGCCAUCACUUGCGCGUAGAAAGAAAACCGUCUUCUGCUUAACAACUAGAGAAGCGGGCUUUGUCCUAGUGAUUCUGAUGUUAGUCAUUGCAGGCUCUGUUGGAGGAGGAGUUGGUGGGACCAUAGCAGCCAAACAUCAAUCGCAGAACAAAAGCCCCUUGGAGACGUUAAGCUCGUCUCAGACGAUAUCGGUUGCAGGCACCAGCAUUGAGAAUUCGAGCUCGUUCCCAACAGCACUAGUCACGAAAACAAAUACCGAGAGCUCAAGUAUUGGAGCGACCUCAACAACCUCCUCCGCCGCAAGCGCAGAAUCCAUCGACGCCGCGGGCUGCCCGGCAUCAAACGGAACAACAUACACAUCCAAUGGAAGCGUAUUCAUUAAGCUCUGUCAAAUAGACAUAACUGCCACUGGGUUACAAUAUUAUCUGCAAGAGAACGAAAUCAAAUCGAGCUUGGACGACUGCAUCGACUUUUGUACGGCAUGGAGUGAGAGCAACCCGGGCAACGAAUGUUUAGCGGUUGCUUGGGAUAUUUAUGUACCAGGAUUCUCUCAAAAUAAUCAGCGGUGUUGGUUGAAGAAUUAUACCACGGUUCUAACGCCGAAUGAGCGAAGUUUUCAAGUCAUGGCGAGUGCAAUUUUAAUUUGAUACCUGUUCAAACUGAGUUCAGCUCUAGCAUUUCCAGCAAUGAAACAUCUGGAAAACAAACCAGAGUUUUGCCAAAACAUUUUGUUUCUUUGAAAAGCGCAGUUGCCUUACUUGAAGGGCUGGACCUAGGCCUUGAUGCUGUGAAAAUGUAAUACUACCUGCAAGGAAACGCGCAUACGGGUACAUGCGGGUACGAUGACACCAUAUAGUUGCGGGCAGUGUGAAACUUAAUUCAGG